AUGGAAGCAAGAAGUGAAAUAAUGAAUAUUGCAUUAUCAGAUGAACAAUAUGUUGUUCCAAAGAAUGGACAACCAUUAAGAGGACUUAUACAAGAUCAUGUCAUUUCAUCAUUUAUGUUAACAAAACGAGAUACAUUCUUUACAAAAGAAGAAUAUUGUCAAAUUGUUUAUACUGCAUUAUAUGGAAUAUAUGAACAAUAUUCUAUUAGAAUUCCAAUGCCAGCUAUUCUUAAACCAAUACCAAAAUGGACAGGAAAACAAGUUGUAACAGCAAUUUUAAUGCAUAUUAGUACAAAUCAUUGUACAAUUAAUUUUGAAGGAAAAUGUAAAGUAUCAACAAAUGAAAUUAAUCGAGGAGGAUAUCAAACAAAAAAAGAAAGAAAAUUAAUGAAACAAAAAGAUGAAUUUACAGAGAAAUGGAGUGGAGCUAAUGAUAGUUUAUGUAUAAUUAAAGAUUCACAAAUGUUGACAGGAACAUUAGAUAAAAAUCAAAUUGGAGCAUCGAAUCAAAGUUUAAUUCAUGCAAUUUAUGAAUUAUAUAAUGGUAAAGUUUCAGGAAUGUGUCUUACUUUAUUAUCAAGAUUAUUAACAACAUAUUUACAAAGAAUUGGACAUACCUGUUCAUUAGAUGAUUGUAUGUUAAAACCAGAAUUUGAUAAUAAACGAACAGAAAUGUUAAAUAAAACAAAUGAAUUAGCACGUACUGCUAUAGCUAAACAUUUUAAAUUAGAAGGACAUUCUAAAUAUGAUAUUGAUCUUGCACUUGCUAAUGCUAGAAGAAGACCACAACUUUCAAAAGAACUUGAUGAUGCAGUUAAAACAGAAGUUAAUGAAUGUACAUCAAAUGUAAUUAAAGAAUGUAUUCCAUAUGGACAAUUAAGAGCAUUUCCAUGGAAUAGUCUUGCAUUAAUGACAACAACAGGAGCAAAAGGAUCAAAAGUUAAUCAUUCACAAAUUACCUGUUUACUUGGACAACAAGAAUUAGAAGGAAGAAGAGUACCAGUUAUGGCAACAGGUAAAACAUUACCAUCAUUCCCACGAUAUGAUACAUCAGCAAGAGCAGGAGGAUUUAUUGCAUCAAGAUUUCUUACAGGAGUUCCACCACAAGAAUUCUUUUUCCAUUGUAUGGCAGGAAGAGAAGGAUUAAUUGAUACAGCAGUUAAGACAGCAAGUUCAGGAUAUCUUCAACGAUGUGUAAUUAAAAUGUUAGAAUCAUUACAUGUAGAAUAUGAUUAUUCAGUAAGAGAGUCAGAUGGAUCAAUUAUAGAAUUUAUGUAUGGAGAUGAUGGAAUUGAUGUAAUGAAAAGUGGAUUUCUUAAUAAUAUUGAUUUUUGGGCAAAUAAUUAUGAUGCAUUAGUUUCAAAAUAUGAAACAAAAGCUAUUCUUUCAAAGUUUAAAAAAGGAUUUUCAAGAGCAUGUAAAUUACAAAAGAAAUGUUUAAGACAUCCAGAAAAAUAUGAACCAGUUCAAAGUAUUUAUUCACCAAGUAAUAAUCUUGCAGCUGUAAGUGAAAAGUAUUAUAAAUUAAUUAAUGAUUAUAUUAAAGAAGAUAAAAGAGGAGAAUUUAAAAGUGGUAAACUUGAUCCAGAAACAUUUAAAGUUAUGAUGAUGUUAAAAUAUAAUAAAUCAUUAAUUAAUCCUGGAGAACCUGUUGGUGUUUUAGCAGGUCAAUCUAUUGGAGAACCAUCAACACAAAUGACAUUAAAUACAUUCCAUUUAGCAGGAAGAGGAGAUGUUAAUGUUACAUUAGGUAUGCCUCGUAUUAAAGAAUUAGUAAUGUUUGCUAAAAAAGAAAUUGCUACACCAUCAAUGAUUCUUUAUUUAAAAGAACCAAAUCAAAAAAAUACAGAAAAAUUAGCUAAAUUAUUAACUAAAGUUACAUUAGCUAAUAUUAUAGAAGGAAUUAAAUGUUUAGAUUCUAUCAUUGUUCAUGAAGGACAAAGAAGAAGACAAUACACUAUUGAUCUUACUCUUAUUGAUAAAUAUGAAGAAGUUGUUGAUUUUAAUACAACAGAAAUUACUAAAAAAAUUAAAUCAGUUUUAAUGAAUGAAAUUGCAAAAAGACAACAAAGUAAAGUUGGAAUUGAUAUUGAUUAUAAAGGUGUUAGUGGAGAAGAAGCUGAAGAAAAAGUUAAUGAAGAAAGUGAAGAUGUUCAAGAAAAAAUUAAUAAAGGAAAAGUUAUUGAGGAAGAAGUACCUGAAGAAGAACAAAAUGAAAUGAGUGAAGAAGAAAUAGAAGAAAAAA